CAUUCCAUCCCCACGUAAACCUUCGUUUCUCAUCGGCCCGCCUCCGACUUUGAAGGUCGUCUUCUCCUACCUUCGUCUUCUGAGGCAUUUUCCAGAUUCUCAAUUAUCAAACCUAAUGCCCAAGUCCAAGCAACGAUCGGAGAAAACGCUCGAACGAGUCUGAGAUUCUGGUAGACGCGUCACCCGUUGAUCAUGAGUUCGUCGAAGCACCUGAGUAGGCUCCUGAAAGGUCUAUCGCUUGUCGCCAAGGAGAUCUGUAAUCGUUCGCCGGAGAUAGAAAGCGCGCGAAACGGAGAUCUCGAGAAACUAGUCGCAUCGUCGGCGAAGAAGGUUUUGGUUACCGCCACGGACUUGGCGGGACUCACCAGCGGGAAGGUUCGCGAGUUAUCGAGCCGUGUUCCCAAGGAAUCAUCCGUCGUCUACUUUGAUAAUGGUGACAAUAAGGAUGACGUAAAGGAGAACAGGGAUUUACCUUUCGCGCCUGAGGUUGGAUCUGCUACUGCCGAAUUCAUCGACAGGAGGGAGAGUGAUGAAUUUACCGCUAGGGAUAGAGUUGAAGAGGAGGCCGUUGACUCGAAAACCUUGAGAAAUGAAAAUACCGGUGAGGCUAGUAAUUUAGAGAGGGAAGAAGAGGUAAAAGUUUUGGAAGACGAUAAGAACACUGGAGUUAAAGCUGAUGGAGGAGAUGCGGCUGCAGCGUCGCCGGCAGUGGCGCCGGUGAAGAGGCGGAGGCCAAGAGAAAGGAGAGUUCCGUCAACCCCCUUCCAAAGAGCCCUUGGGUUUGCUGGUCUAGGAGCUGGUCUUGCCUUGGGAACCUUUCAAGAAGCUACUAAGAGGCUUGUUUAUGGUACACCAAGCUCCCAAGACAAGCAAUCCGCGUACUCAGCUUUCUUGUCCGAGAAAAAUGCAGAAAGGUUGGCCCUUGGCUUGUGCCGAAUGCGUGGGGCUGCACUCAAAGUGGGGCAGAUGCUGAGUAUUCAGGAUGAGAGUCUUGUUCCUCCUCCGAUCUUGGCCGCUCUGGAUAUUGUCCGUCAAGGUGCUGAUGUGAUGCCUAAGAGCCAACUUAAUCAAGUUUUGGAUGCUGAAUUAGGUCCAAAUUGGCAAUCUAAUUUGAUUAGUUUUGAUUAUGAACCACUGGCAGCAGCAAGCAUUGGCCAGGUGCACCGAGCUGUCACAAAAGAUGGAAUGCAAGUUGCAAUGAAGAUUCAGUACCCUGGUGUCGCCAACAGCAUUGAAAGUGAUAUCGAUAAUGUCAAGCUCCUAUUAAAUUAUACAAACUUGAUUCCGAAGGGACUCUUUCUGGACAGAGCUAUCAAGGUUGCUAAAGAAGAGUUAGCUCGUGAGUGUGACUAUGAGUUGGAAGCAGCCAAUCAGAAACGCUUCCGUGAUUUGCUUACUGACACUUCAGGGUUUUAUGUCCCAAUUGUGAUAGAUGAAAUCUCAAGCAAAAGGGUUCUGACAACAGAACUUGUUUCUGGAAUCCCCAUUGACAAAGUGGCCUUGUUAGACCAGAAAACACGCGAUUAUGUGGGGGCAAAACUGCUGGAACUCACUUUAAAGGAGCUCUUUGUCUACCGCUUCAUGCAGACCGAUCCAAACUGGAGUAACUUCAUGUACGAUGAAGUGACAAAUACGAUCAAUCUGAUUGACUUUGGAGCAGCCAGGGAUUACCCCAAAAAGUUUGUGGAUGACUACCUACAGAUGGUGAUGGCAUGCGCGGAUAAAGACAGGGAAGCUGUGAUAGAAAUGUCGAAGAGUCUCGGGUUCUUAACCGGGAUGGAAUCAGAGGUGAUGAUAGACGCACACGUCCAAGCCGGUUUCGUAGUGGGGCUCCCAUUCGCCGAGCCUGGUGGCUACGACUUCCGGGCCAACAACAUCACUCACAGUGUCUCGAACCUCGGAGCCACCAUGCUGAAACACCGGCUCACGCCACCUCCCGACGAAGCCUACAGCCUUCACCGGAAGCUGGCAGGUGCCUUCUUGGCCUGCAUCAAGCUUGGAGCCGUUGUACAGUGCCGGAAGCUCUUGCUCGACCUGUACCGGAACCAUCGGUUCGAUGAAGGAAGAGGAGAUCCAAUUCUCGCAAGUGGGUCGGUUUCUUCAUAGACGGUAUUUUUUUAUUUAUUAACAUUGCUCUCUCUGAUUUCGGUGCGGAAUACAUAUAUACAUAUAUGUUUAAAUGCAUGUGAUAUACGUGAGAGAGUAAUGUAUACAAAUAUAUACAUAUAAUAUAUACACAUUGCAGAAGAGGGUUCUAUUCAGUGGUGGAUCCAUUUUAUAUGUUUACCAUCCAGGGAACUGUAGGAUAGGCGACGGAAACGAUUCUUGUAAUAAUUCGGGGGGAGAUCACAGAAUGUUUUUGACUCCUUUCGAUUAUGCUUUGUUAUGAAACGUUGAGUUUUGUUUCACA